AUGAAGCCAAACACAGAUACGCGCAAACCGUACGGCGGUUCAACGCGUUCUCUUGCAAUCGCACUCGACGUCGGAACAACAUUCAGCGGCGUGUCUUAUGCCAUCCUCGAGCCUGGAGAGGUUCCCAAGAUACACGGAGUCACGCGAUUUCCCGGCCAGGAACAUGUCGCUGGCAACUCAAAAAUCCCCUCUUUAGUUUACUAUGACAAGUAUGGGACUCUCAGAGCGGCUGGGGCAGAAGCAGACGAUGCUUCAAUUACUUCACAGGCUGAAGACGAAGGCUGGAUAAAGGCUGAACUCUUCAAAUUACGUCUGCGACCGAAAGCUAUGAAGCUCAAGAUGAAUGGAAUGCGGUUGAGUCCGCUGCCUCGGCAUAAGACACCAGUGGACAUUUUUGGCGACUUCCUUGCAUAUCUCUUCCGCUGCACGCGCAAUUUCAUUACCGACACCCAUGCAAAUGGUCCUUCACUCUGGCAGGCCGUCGAGGGCAGCAUCGAGUUUGUACUCAGUCACCCAAAUGGCUGGGAAGGCGCACAGCAGACGAAAAUGCGACGAGCUGCCGUUUAUGGAGGCCUCAUUCCCGAUACAGACGAGGGAAAGUCGAGAAUACGAUUUGUAACAGAAGGAGAGGCUAGUUUGCAUUCCUGUGUCUUGAAUGGGUUGGCUGACGACGUCCUUACGAACCCGUCUAAGCAUGGCUUUCUGGUUGCAGACGCUGGUGGUGGCACUCUAGAUAUCAGUUCAUAUGCCAUACGUGGUACUCACCCUUUGGUAAUUGAAGAAGUCGCUCCCCCAGACUGUAUAUUUGCAGGAUCUGUCUUUGUCAGUCGCAGAGCCAGGCAAUUUUUGGAAGAGAAACUCAGUAAUUCCAAGUAUGGCCAACCUGAUUCACUCGAUCAUAUCACCAAACGGUUUGAUGAGACGACAAAGCGACUGUUCCGCGACAAGAAAGACUUGCAGUUCAUUCCGUUUGGCUCGCCUCUUGAUAAGGACUUUGCAGUCGGUAUUAGAGGUGGUCAACUAAAGCUGACUGGUGUUGAGGUAGCCGAACUUUUCGAACCUUCGAUAGAAGCAGCUGUAGCGUCUAUUACAGCGCAAAUACAGGCUUCGGGAGGGAUGAUUAAGUAUGGUUGGUUGGAGGGUUUGCAGCAAGCCCUUGGCUCUUUUCGCAACUUCAGGAACGUCUUUCCCGAUUCCAUGUUACCGUCGAAGGCUGUUGCUGAUGGUGCGAUCGGCUUUUAUUGCGAUCAUCACGUCUCAGCUCGGAUGUCCAAGUAUAUGUAUGGUGUAGAAUAUCUCCGGGAAUUCGACCAAUCCGACGAGGAACACAUUGCAAGGAAGGGCAGGCUUUGCGAGCUUCCAUCAGGUCCUCGCCUGUUACCUGAUGCAUUUGACUGUAUAUUGUCCAGAAGCGUCAAGGUCAAAGAGUCAACAGUAUUUAGCAGAAAAUAUUGCACAGAGCUUACAAAUCUUUCGACCUUGUCUGUAUUCGAGGUCGAAAUAUGGUGUUACAGAGGAGGAGACAUCAUCCCGAAAUGGAUCAUUCGACACGCAGAGGAGUUUUCAACAUUAUGCGUCGUUCGAGCAGAUUUGUCACCGCUUAGUGGAAGUGCUGAGCCAAAACAUGGAAGAGGAGGCAAGACGUAUUGGACAAUUGUAUUUAGUGUUGAGAUUCAUUUCGGUUUGACCGAGUUCAAAGCUCGAAUCAAAUGGAAUGACAACGGUAGAACCAAAUAUGGUCCGGCAUCAAUUGUUUACAGCGAGAGUGGUCACCGAGCAGAUGAAGACGAGCCAGACAGCUGUCCAGAGGACGACUAUGUCAGUUCUUCCCGUUCUGCUUCUGUGCCAGCGUCUCGCGCAAGAUCGCGAGAUUCCUUGGUAUCAGGUAGCAAGACACCAUCUGCUGUCGGUUCUAGACAAGAAGCAUUCUUGGAAGUUCCUACUGAGCGGAGCAUGUCUAAAUUGUCCCCUCCCAAAGCCACAUCCCCUUUGAAACCACCACCUGUACCUCCCAUUGUUACCGAUAUGGACCGCGAGAGACGUGGGAGAGAGAGCGACGGUCACAGAGACAAAGGGAAAGUCAAAGAGAGACCUAGGGAGAAGGAAAAGCCGUCCAAGAGUUCGAGUAAAGCUACAACACCCUCUGAGCUCACGGAUUCAUCUACUGGCAAGAGCUCAGGCAAACUUGCGGAGACUUUGAGUUCAGUAUGGGGUUCGAAUUCCAAAGCGGCUACCCCAGCUGUAUCUCCCAAAGUAGAAAAAUCGAGAUCGAUUGGUGCGGCGACACCUAAGAUCGAGACGCCCAGGGUUGCAACACCCAAAAUUGCAACACCCAAGAUCGAGACACCGAAACCUGAACCAUCACCUAUCGCUGAAACACCGUUCGAGAGACGACCCCCGCUGGAGGUCAGAUUUGCAGAUACCCCUAUUAUCAACGAACCUGUACUACAUCCUGAGCCGCAAGAACCUGCGCCAGCACCGGAGGUGGAGGCUGUGCUAGCUGUCGCGCCAGACGCUCCAAUAGACUUUGAACAAAAUGUUGCUCUAGAAGAAAGUCUUGUACCGUCAAGCUAUUCUGCCGAGACUGAAACUCAUAUGCACUCGUGGAACGGAGCUCCAGCAGGCGGGGCGGACACUUUUGUGUCGGGUGAGUGGGGCUUCGAGAAUACGCAAAACUAUGUAGAGGAUCCCUCUAUGACUGGAAACGGUGCAGCCGAUGAUUGGAUGAAGGGAUCCGAUCCAGCUGCGGACAUAACUGGAUACGGCGAUGGUCUUGCAACUACUACGGCUGGCGCCGAAGCACCAGUCGGGGACCCAGAACAAUCAUGGGGCGAAGGAGCUCCACAGCAAUCAACUGAGCCUCUUGUGGAUGCUUGGACUGAGCAGACGCCAGUACCCGGUGCAUUUGAUCAUUUCGCUCCGUCUUCUGAGCAUCCAGCUGAGACUGCUCCAGAAAAUACUCAAACCCCCGAGAAUACAGCUGGUGAAAACCCAGAAACGCCUGCAGAUAGUACUCCUGCAGAUGCACCGGUCGAGCCUCCUGCCCAAUCGGACGCACCGCUUGAACCGAACGCCACUGAGACGCAGGAUUUGCUUGGUGACCUCGCACCUCCGGAACAUAUAGUUGAAGGAGCAGGUGAUGCUGGAGGGUCCUCUGAAAAUGUGGAUUCUGCUGCUGCUGGUGAUACUAUGGAUACGGAAGGUCCUGCUGGCAUUCUUGACAAUGUAUUGUCAGAGGCAAAAGCUGGUCUUGAGUCGGAGUCUGCUCCCACACCAUCGGUUCCUGCAUCGCCAAAACCCGAAGACCCACCUGCCGUUGCAGAUGAAACUCCCGCCGCCGCUGAAGAAACCACCGCUACGGAAGAAAAUAAAACUGUAGGCAAGAAGAACCGCAAGAAAAAGAAAAAGUAG